GAAAUGGCAGACAAAUAUAAGCGCGUCAAGUUCAUUGGCGUCGAUAUCGUUCCGAUUCAAACUAGACAUCCCGACAGCAAUGUUCAAUUCGAGAUCCAGGAUGUCAGUCAGCGCUUGCGCUACAGGGACAAUGACUUUGACCUUGUACACGCCAGAUGCACGGCCUUCAGCGUGCGUUAUUAUUACAAGAUGAUAUUGGAGGUCGCUCGUAUUUUGCGGCCCGGAGGUCUCUUCAUAUCCGGCGAAUUCAUCAAUCGUCCCGCGAUCCAGGACGGGAGUGAUCCGUGGAUUCGCUGCCCGAGGACCUGCGAGUUCAUCGAGCUGACUGCGCGUGCACUGGCGCUGCGCGGUAUCUGCGUCGACCUCGCACGCACGAUACCGAUUUGGCUCCGACAGACCGAACAAUUCUACGAUAUUUACAGCAAUACCUACCGGCUGCCUAUUGGCGAGUGGCACCCUAGCCCAGGCCAGAGGCGCCUAGGCAAGAAAGCCAGGAAAAUAUUUGUCGGGUUCGCGCACGCUGUGAGGCCGCUGCUGGAGAGGUCGGGCUUGAGAUCGCCGCCCGAGAUUCGCAGGAUGAUUGCUGGGUAUACUCAUGAGUUGGAGCAUGUGAGGGGACUGAUUAUGUGCUAUCAAGUUGUCUACGCUCGCAAGAGGUAA